GGGACUAAACUUGUCUUGUUCGCCAUCUAAACCCAAAAACCCGCCACCUAAACCCUAGUCCCGUUGCUUAUCCACCACCGCAACCACCGCCACCGCCACCGCCACCUUCAAUGUCUCACUUCAUUAGAAUCGCUCGAAGAACACUAAAACGCUGCAAUCACCUGUUAUCUCAUAAACUACAAUCGGAAACCGCUCUAUCAUAUGCUAUCUCACAAUCAAGACCCUACUCAACUGAGAAAAUUACCAAAUCACCCUUGGAAGCUAACAUUCUCAGAAUCCUCCACAACAAGAUCGAAUACCAGUCCGAUAACGCCCCGCCGCACCAGCCUGCAAUGAAUUUCAAAUCAUUUGUGGUUGAAGAUCGACCAGGAGAACAAUGGAUGACAAUGAGGAGUAAAUUUAACAACGGUGAAGAGAUUAAACUCGAAGUUACAAUGUUUGACGGAUAUGAAACGGUUACGAAACCUGGUGAAGAUAGUUCAGGUGAAGAUGUGCGGUUUCAUAUCAGUUUACUGGUUGAUAUCUCUAAAAAUGAUCGAGACGGCGAUUCCUUGGAGUUUGUCUGCUCUGCUUGGCCUGAUUGUUUGGAGAUUCAGAAAAUAUACUUGCUUAAGCGUGUUAAUGGAGUUUCUUCUACUUCCAGGCCUUACAUGGGACCUGAUUUUAGGAGUUUAAGUGACGAGCUUCGAAAGAGACUGAAAGAUUACUUGGAAGAAAGAGGGGUAAAUGAUGAACUUUCUGUUUUCUUGCAUGAAUAUAUGAUGAACAAGGAUAAAAUUGAACUUAUCCAAUGGUUUGCCAAGCUCAAGUCGUUUGUGGAAAAAUAGUGUAAAGUUUUUUCAUUUAUCUACAACGACUCCUCUUUUAACUCUAUGUUAUUGUUUGAUUGUGUAGCUACUCAAAAAGUGAAAUAUAGUUAGCUAAUUCUUCA